AUGUUUCGCAGACGCGCUUGCCAUGCUCUUCAGGAUCUGGCAAGCCAUCGCCCACGCAUUCUGACGCUGAAAUGUCCAGCCUGCCUUCAACCCCCCUCCUGCUGGUCACCCGCCGCCCCGUUCGUCGCCCAUGUUAGGGGCAAGAAAACCAAGACCACCGUCCAGCUGUCUGACCUGCCUCAAGGCUCCGUCCAGGUAGACCCCCUCCCUGCGGACCAAGAAAAGAAUGUCGCGGCAUAUCCUACCGUCGUGCAGCAGGCACGCCGCAACAUGAAUAAGUUUGACAAUUGCGUCCUCUUAACUCGUGUUGGUGGCUUCUACGAGCUGUACUUUGAGCAUGCAGACGAGUACGCGCCUCUGCUCAACUUGAAGCUGGCUUCCAAGAAAACGAGCGCCGGCCCGGUUUCCAUGGCUGGCUUCCCAUUCUUCCAGCUGGACCGCUAUCUCAGUAUCUUGGUCCAAGACCUCAACAGAUAUGUUGCCCUGGCUGAGGAGUUCCCCAACGAUGCACAAGAAAAGAUCAAUUCCGGAGGUCUCAUGCAUGAUAGAAGGGUUGCUCGCAUCAUUACCCCCGGCACUCUUAUUGACGAAAAUUUCAUCGACCCCUAUGCCAACAACUAUGUCAUGGCCAUCCAUGUGCCCCCCCAGCCAGCACCCACGUCUGAUGAUCCUGUCUCCCUUGGCCUGGCCUGGUUGGAUCUCUCCACUGGACAAUUCUUUACACAGCAGGCUGACCUCUCAUCCCUCGCUUCAAUCUUAUCUCGCAUCGCCCCUAGGGAGGUUGUUCUCAACCAAGAUUUUGAGUUGCACAAGGACCACGGCAUCUUCUCCAUACUCGCCGAGGACAGACAUCUCGUUACAUACACCCCACCGGGCAGCUUGUCCCAUGUCUCAGACUGGGAUAGCAUGCUUGAAUCCGAAAUCCCCCAGAAAACUCGCGAGAGCUUCUCUACAGAUGAGAUUGGCGCCGGCCAUUUAGUUCUCGGCUAUGUCAAAGACCGCUUACAAGGCAUGAGUAUGAAGCUUCAGCCGCCUCUACGCUACGAAAACGUGCAAGUCAUGGUCAUAGAUAAGAAUAGUUUGCGGGCUUUGGAAGUCAAGCACACCAUUCGCGACGGUUUCUUUCGCGGGAGUCUGCUACACGCCAUCCGCCGCACUGUUACCAAGAGCGGCUCACGCUUGCUCAACGAAUGGCUCAGCGCACCCUCGACUUCCACCGACGACAUCACUGCCCGACAAGACUUGGUUGCCCGCUUUCUAGCCUCACCCGACCUCUGCGACCUCGUCGUCACAUUACUCCGACGUAGCCAUGACACGCAACGGCUCGCCCAAAAGUUUGCGCUUGGCAGAGGCGACGCCGACGAUCUCGUUGAUCUGGCCAACACAAUCCAAGCAACUUCCCAGAUUGUCAGCCUUCUUAACAAAGCCGUCGCCGAGCCUUCAUCAGAGUCCCUAGAAUGCCUUACGAAACGGAUAGAUAUCCAGGAGCCUCUGACGCUUGCUCGCCGCAUCACCGAGGCCAUUGAUGAGGAUGGUGUCGUUUUGCAGCACCAAGUCGCAGAAUCCGAAGCCAGCCAGAUGAUGGCCCUGGCCGAAGGCAUCGUUGCCGCAGAAGGAUCCGCUGAGGAUGCCCAGUCGUUGCCCAAAAGCAAGAAGAAGCGGCCCACAACCAUCAAGGAAUAUUACGCCGAGGAUAACGAUGCCUGGAUUAUGAAACCACAAGCCAGCCCCGCACUCAGCAAACUCCAUGCCCAACUGAAUUCGCUGUUGGAAGAGCGUGAGUCUCUUGGGGAGACCCUUCGCGAGCGCCUGGGCGCACCCAGUCUGACUCUGAAGUGGACGCCGAGUCUCGGCCAUAUUGCGCAUAUAAAGGGCAAGGACGCCAAAAACCUGGCCGACGUUCGCACCCUGUCCUCCAGUCGGUCUACCCGCUCUUUUCACCUCGCCGAAUGGACCACUCUCGGCCAGCGUCUGGACCAGGCGCGGUUUCACAUUCGCCGCGAGGAACAGCGCGUCUUCCAGUCGCUCAGAGAACACGUCGUCGUGAACAUUGUCAAGCUGCGCCGCAACGCUGCUGUCCUCGACGAGCUUGACAUUGCCACGUCCUUUGCACGACUAGCGACUGAGCAGGGGCUAUCACGGCCCAUCCUCAACAACUCCUCAGCACACACCAUCAUUGGCGGCAGGCAUCCUACCGUCGAGGGCGGGCUCGUCGACCAGGGACGCAGUUUCGUCGCAAACGACUGCAUGGUGGGCAAUCCUGCCGCUGGCUCUCUCUGGCUGAUCACUGGACCAAAUAUGGCCGGUAAAAGUACGUUUCUGCGCCAGAACGCCCUGAUCACCAUCAUGGCACAAAUCGGAUGCUAUGUGCCGGCAUCCUACGCUGAGCUCGGCAUCGUCGACGCCAUCUUCAGUCGUGUCGGCUCGGCCGAUAACUUGUACCGCGACCAAAGCACAUUCAUGGUCGAGAUGCUCGAGACAGCGCACAUCCUGAAGCAUGCCACGCCCAAGUCGUUCGUGAUCAUGGACGAGAUCGGACGAGGCACGACGCCGGAAGACGGCGCGGCCGUGUCAUACGCCUGCUUACACCAUCUGGUUACCAUUAACCAGUGCCGCACGCUAUUCGCCACGCAUUUCCACGCCGUUGCGGAUCUCGCCGAGGCGGAUGGACUAUGCGACCCGAACCACAGCCCAGUGCAGCUGUAUUGUACGGACAUAGAUGAGGAUGCGGACGGCGGAUUCGUCUACGUUCACCGGCUGCGAAAAGGCAUCAACCGAAAGAGCCAUGCGCUCAAAGCGGCAAGACGAGCUGGGUUGCCGGAGCCGGCGCUACAAAUGGCACAGAGGGUAUUGAAGGGGAUGGAUGCGCAUUGA